UUGAGCCACGUGGAGGUCUAGUAGUUACAUCAAUGCUUGAYCACUUUUGUGCUAUAAGUGGACCAACAAGGCUUACUGAAGCACUGUAUUCAGCACGACACACCCUGAAGGUAGUACUGAAGACUAACGGCUGAACCGAGCUUUGACAAGCUAAGAAACACGAGACGAAAGUAUCAUGCUCUCACUUUCCAAAUGCCUUUUUCUGGUUUGGUAUUUUUCAUCCCUCAAGGUGUUUGCCGUCCAGCCAAGCAUUACCAUGUCACUUAAAGACGACAAGGAAAAUACCGUAAACGUGAAGGUACAAGCCGUUGGUUGUUUCGGUGACGCACACUCGCCUAGAGCUUUACGCAACAUGUACUUCAACGCCCGCGGAUUCUAUGCUCCUGAUGGAAGUAAAACGACUGACGUAAUCAAAGCAUGCGCGGAGAACGCUUACGAGCGAGGCUACAAAGUGGUUUUUGGCAUUCAGUAUUAUGGCGAGUGUUGGAGUGAUGACGUAGCAGAAGGAAGGUACAACAUGUACGGUGUGUCAUCCAGCUGUGAACACGGAGUAGGGAAAGGAUGGGCAAACAUGGUCUAUCGUAUAACAGUGAUUCCCAAAUCCCCGGUCGAAGGGUGUAACAUCAACGGUAAAGAGUACAGCAAAGAAGCUGAAAUGAUGAUCCCCAACGACUGGAGCAGUAACGUGUAUGACUCUAAAUGCAUGAAGUGUAUAUGUUCUGGUGGUCAGGCUAUGGACUGUCAAGUACAAAUGUUCUGUGAAACAGGGUACGAGGGAUUGUGUUCCAGAUGGAGGAACGCUACUGGUGAAUGCUGUCCUGUCUGUGACUGUUACCACGAAGGCAAACCCAUGGAGGUCGGUAGUACAUGGGUGGUACGUGAAGGACCUAGAUGUUCAGAGUGCACAUGUGGUGCUAAUAACAUCGCUAAGUGUACCAACCAACAGGGGUGUAUUUGUACUGAUGGAUACGAUGCGAUACCAGUUCCUGGAAAAUGCUGCCCUGAAUGUGUUCCUAAAAAGUCAACAACAACAACAUCACCACCACCAGAGACAAUCCCAACAACGAAAGAACGACCGCCACCAACAUUUCCAAUUUUUGUGUGAUCAAUAUGCGAUUACAAAACAUUUAAACCAAAGAUGAAACUGAAUUUAUAGGCCACAUUCAAUGCAGAGAUCCCAUCCUUGAUUUAAAGUAAUCCCGUAAAGUAAUCCCGUAGUGCAUUGUGUAACGCUAACUCCAUUCUUGACCUAGAUGCUUGCUAAGUAUAUCUAUUGUAAAACCUUAUCGAAAACUUUAUAUGAUUUCAGUUUAGUUGCACCUUUUGUAUCGUGAAAAUCAAUGAAAAAUGCGCCGUGGAGGAAUAAAGUAAAAUCAA